CCAGCCUAAUGCGGGGCGCACUGCUGUUUAUAGAAGUUUUGCUACUAGCCCAGGACUACCCUGUCGCGUGGAUCUGCGCGCUAUCGGUGGAGGUGGCUGCUGCAAAGGCCAUGUUUGACAAAAUCCAGGACUCGCUUCCUCAGCCACCAACAGACCACAACGUGUAAUUAAUUACACACUUGGAAAAAUUGGCAACCACAACGUCAUUGCGGUAUGUUUGGCGUCAGGUGUAUACGGGAAGGUUUCCGCUUCCACUGCAGUUUCGCAUAUGGUUACUUUUCCGAGCAGCGUCAAAUUCGGAUUGAUGAGCAGAAUUGGAGGAGGUUUCCUGGCCCAAAUUCUGAUAUUCGUCUUGGUGAUGUCGUGGUCAGUAAGCUAACUGCUGGGUUUGGUGGUGUCAUUUAGUAUGACUACGGCAAAAAGCUUUCCAACGGACGGUUCGAGCAAAUUGGCUCACUGAAAAAGCCC